AGCAAGGUGAGUGAAUUCUUUUCUCUUGAUUUUAACCCACUCUUGUUUAAACUUUAGUUGGGGAAGAAGCUCAGAAACAUCAAUGAGAGAAUAAAUGACCUUAUUGAGGAGAUGGGCAAGUUCAAAUUAAGGGUUCUUGAAAACAACAGCAAACCUUUGAAGAACAGGCCUCAAACCUAUUCAUACGUGCACGAAUCGCGAGUUAUUUUUGGAAGAGAUGAAGAUAAAGAGAAGUUAUUGCAGAUGCUGAUCAGUGAUUGUUUUGAUGAGAAAGUGGCUGUGGUUUCUGUCAUAGGUAUGGGUGGUUUGGGUAAGACGACACUUGCUCAGUUGGUCUACGCAGAUGAAAGGGUCAAGAAACAGUUUGAACUUUGUAUAUGGGUAUGUGUUUCUGAUGAUUUCGAUGUGGCAAAGCUUGCUAGAAAGAUCAUACAUACAGCUUCUGGGAAAAUUUGUGAUCAUACGAACAUGGAAGUGCUUCAACAGGAUCUGCGACAAAUCUUGAGGAAGAAGAGAUAUUUGUUGGUCUUAGAUGAUGUAUGGAAUGAAGAUUUCAAAAAGUGGACUGAUCUUAAAAACAUGCUGCUUGGUGGAGGAGAAGGAAGUAGAAUUCUUGUGACCACACGCAAUGAGAAAUGCUCCAGAGUAAUGGGUGCAGGGAAACAUUAUAUUCUAAAGGGUUUAUCAGAAAAAAGCUCUUGGGCUUUAUUUGCGCAGAAAAGCAUUUGCUACAUGUACUGA